AUGGAAGCAAUUGCGAAAAAGGAGAAGAUGGAAAACCCGAAUUUGCCCAAGAUAAUCACUUGCCCCAGUGAGAUGGUCGCCUUGUCUAUGGCAGAUGGGUAUGCGAGAGUGACCGGGAAAGCUCAGGCGGUCAUUGUCCACGUUGAUGUAGGGACGCAGGCCUUGGGUUGUGCCCUUCACAAUGCACACAUCGCACGAACUCCCGUCCUGAUUUUUGCUGGGCUGUGUCCCUCGACCUUGGAAGGUGAAGAGCGCGGUACAAGAACAGAGUUUGUCAACUACCUCCAGGACAUUCCCGACCAAGCAGCAAUAGUCCGUCAAUACUGCAGAUACACCAACGAAAUCAGGAGCAGCAACAAUGUCAAGCAAGUGGUUGCUCGGGCCCUGCAAAUCGCCUCCUCAGCUCCCAAAGGCCCGGUAUAUCUUUAUGCAGCGCGGGAGACACUGGAGCGAGAAUCCAAACCGCCGAGGCUCGAGCCGAAGUUCUGGAAGCCCAUCGGGCCAGCGGCUCUCCCUGAUGAGGCAGUGCAAGAGAUCUCGGAGGCAUUGGUAUCUUCCAAAGACCCACUGAUCAUAACAGGCUACACCGGUAGAAAUGAAAAGGCCCCGUCAGAGCUCGUUAAGCUUGCAGAUGCCAUCCCAGGACUGAGAGUUCUCGACACUUCGAUGGGAGAUAUGUGCUUUCCGGCCAAUCAUCCAGGCUGGCUCAGCGGAAAAUAUUCAUCGCACCCUAGCAUCCCGAAGGCCGAUUGCAUCUUGGUAUUGGAUUGCGACGUCCCAUACGUCCCCGUUAAAUGCAGACCAUCAUCGGCAGCAAAGGUCUAUCACAUCGACAUCGACCCGUUGAAGAAGAGCAUGGCGAUGUAUCAUAUUGACGCUGUCGGUCUGUGGCAAGCUGACUCAUAUACGGCGAUCAAGCAGAUAAACGCCCAUCUAUCGAGGCCCGAGUAUGUAACCACUCUGGAAGGUCUUCUAGAGUCGGACUCCGCCGUUUCCCGGGCACAAAGCCACAAUCAGCUACUGUCUGAUAUCGCCCAGGCUGGUAUGCCAGCCUCGGGCUCCCCUACACCUCUCACAGCCGCUCUCAUUGCCGCGGAGCUGAAGCGCAGUCUGCCAAAUUCGACCACGUACGCUGUGGAGGCGGUGACUAAUACGGCUUCCAUAUAUGAUCAGCUACGGUGUACUGUCCCAGGAAGUUACUUAUCAAGCGGAGCGACCGGCCUGGGAUGGGUUGGAGGGGCGUCCUUGGGUAUCAAACUAGCGACCAUGGAUAAAGACGGAGACGCCGAGAACGCCAUUGUGACUCAGAUUGUGGGCGAUGGGACUUAUUUGUUCUCAGCACCCAGCAGUGUGUACUGGCUCAGCUCCCGCUAUCGCAUCCCGAUCCUCACCAUCAUUCUGAACAACAAGGGGUGGAAUGCCCCGCGAGUUUCGAUGCAGCUCGUUCACCCUACAGGCGAAGGGUCUCGGAUGUCCAACAGAGACCUUCAUAUCAGCUUCGAUCCGUCGCCGGACUACGCAGGUAUCGCCAAGGCAGCCGGUGGAGCCAUGGUGUGGACGGGAUACGCGGAAACAGCGGGAGAUUUCGCUGCAGUUAUAAAGGAGGCCAUUAGGGAGAUAAUGUCUGGUCGGACGGCUGUCGUGGAAUGUAAAAUUAGAGGCAUGGACCCUAAAAUGGAGUAA